AUGCCAUUCAAUGGUGAAUUCAAUGAAGAGGUGAACCCAAUCAACGACACAUUUUAUUCACAUGAUCUUGGUGGCGGUUGGAUGUUUAAGGAGGAGACGACGAAUUGCAACAAUGUUCCACAAUCCGGUGUAGCAAUCAUCAUUGUUUGUAGAGAUAGAUGGAAGCAACUGAAUAAUACAUUGUCCGCUCUGAUUCCAGUUCUCCAGAGACAACAUUUGUGUUAUCGAAUAUUUGUUAUUGAACAACAGGGUACUGGUAUUUUGAACAAAGCUCAGUUGAUGAACAUUGGUUUUAUUGAAGCACGUAAACGUUUCGAUUUCGACUGUGUUAUAUUUCAUGAUGCCGACUUAAUACCAUUGGAUGAUAGAAUACCACAUGGUUGUGAUGAAGAGAUGAUGGAGAGUGUGGUUCAUUGA